AUGGCUGAGCUUGAGGAGGUAAAUGCUGAUGCUGCCCAUGCUUUCAAGGCCUAUAAUCCAAAGGUUUUUUGUCGAGCCUUCAUGAACACAUCCAUUAAAAGUGAUGCCAUCACUAAUAACAUGGCUGAAACUUUUAAUGGAUAUAUAAUCAAUGCUAGGACUAAGCAUUUGAUUUACAUGAUGGAGGACAUAAGAGUUGCACUCAUGCAAAGAUUGGUCAACAAGAGAAAGGAAAUGGAGAAGCAGAAUUCUGGAUUGUGCCCUAGGAUUCAGUCUAUAUUAGACAAAGAGAAAGCAAAGGCAUCAAACUGUGAUGUUCUCCCAUCAACAGAACACAUUUUUAAUGUGAGAUACUAUUUGGACCAACUGAUUGUGGACUUAGAUGCAAAGACAUGUACUUGCAAGAAGUGGGAUAUGAUGGGAAUUCCCUGCUGCCAUGCUUUGGCAUGCAUAUUCUUCCUUAACCAUGAAGCAGAGGCUUAUGUAGAUGAGUGCUACAAAACUGAAGUGUAUUUGAAAUCAUAUGCUGGGUCAAUACCUCCAAUUGAAGGAGAGAGGCAUUGGCCAAGAAUAGAAAUGAAGAUAGAUCCCCCUCCCAUCAAAGUGGGGCCUGGUAGGCCUAGAAAAAGCAGAAUAAGAGACCCAUUUGAGGAUCCAAAGAGGUCAGGGACACUAUCCAGACAUGGCAUGGAAAUGACAUGCACUUUGUGCAAAACCAAAGGCCACAAUAAAAGAGGUUGUCCACAAAAAGGUGUAAUACAACCAUCUGAACCUGCACCUAAGAAGGCCAGGGGCAGGCCCAGGAAGGAGACCAAACCAGCACUGCUACACCCAACAAUGGUGCUCAACCAACACCCCUACAUCACUCAGUUUCAGCUCAACCAACACAGCUAG